AAAUAUUUAACUGCUUUCGAACAGUAUCGUUCAAGCGUAUUGAUUAGUUAGAAUAAUUUUCACUUUUCUUCGUUAACCCUCUAAACUGGUUCUGGACUUAGGGUGUCGGCUUUUCGAUUUUAUUACCAUUUAACAGCCGCCCUCUACCCUUGGUUUUAGGAUUCUAUUCGAUUCUGGCAACACUUUCAAAAAAUUUCCUGUUGCCAACAUAAAAUGAUGUCAAAAUUGAACGAUCUUUUCAUGUUGCAUUUUCGCAACACAAUUCGAGAGAACUUCGCGAUUAGGGCGUAACUAGCAAAAUGUAAAUAAAUCUCUUUUUUACGCCAACGUGUACAGCAUGACUUACAAAACCUUUAGCUAGAAUCCGUUUUUCAAUAAAAAAAACAUUUUCAAAAAUAAUAUGGGUUUUAGUAAUAGGCGAUAUUAUGAAUAUGUCAAAACAAAUUUAUUUUUUCAAUGACGCCCUUUUCAUUGUUUACAGUAGCAGUGGGCGCAUCGUCGUUCCUUGCCAACGAGCGGGCGAAAUUAUCUUCUUUGUUUUCAUUGUCAUUGUUGUCAUUUUCAUUAUCUGGAUCACAAUACAACAUGGAACGCGUGUAAUCGAAAGUAAAAUUUUAAACAAUGUCUAAUUCGUUGUUAUUUCGUUAUAAAAAGUGCUUUUAAGGUUCAAAGCUUGUAAAUGUAAUCAGACUAACAGAAAAAAUAUGGAUUUCUCGCUGCUGAUUGAUGCUGCAACGAACCGGUUUCCGGAACACGGGUACGACAAACAAAGAAAUGAUGACCACCGGUAUGCAGCAGCGGCUGCACAGAUGGAAAAUAGGCAGCUUUCCUUUUGCAGUCAAAAAAGUUAUGGUGCUUGUUCAGAUCCAAGUCUGCUAGAGCAAACACAAACCACUGCCAACCGCUGAACAUCCAUCCCUUCAAACAUUCAAUUCCGGGUUUCACAGUUCUUUCUCAGCCUUGGAUAAUUCGACUACAGUAUCGGACGUGACAGGAACAACACUUUCUGCUGUUGAAGUAACACCACGGAAGAACCAAGAACAGCUGCGUAACCGAUUAAAAACAAGCGUGUCAAUAGAUUGGGAACUAAAUGGCACAAGCUAUCAUCAAAAAAUCAAAUCAGCUCACGACUCUUCCGAUAUACCUUUGCCAAAGAGCCACGCAGCUCUCGGAGGUAGUAUCGUGCGAGAGAAAAAUUCCAAAAUCAUACGGAUGCCAUCUUUUAUACCUCAAAAGCAACGAAAUAACCUGUGUAACCGAUCAGAAGCUGAUUUGCAUAUCAACGCAGGAUUCUCAUCAACUCACCGAUUAUCACCAAAACAAGAUCAGAAAGACGGUAGCCUAUCGGAAAAAGUGGCCUACACGCCAAGCCCUACCGAAACAAAAUUGAAUCUGUCGCAAGGACAACGGAGCGUAAAGCAAUUUUCAUUUUUCGAUCGCAGUGCUUGUUCCGAUCAAAACCUAAAGGAGACUACCACCGCUGAUCACCCUUCCCUUCAAAAAUUCGAUUUUACUACGGACAGUUCAGUUCCAGCUAGCAAUGAAUCAACCAGUGUUUCCGACUACACAGGAACAACAGUGCCGGUGAAAAUGAAACCACAGAAGCAUCGAGAAAAGCUGAACAACACCCGGUCGAAAACUGUCCACUCAACAAGCGGCGAUUCGGAUCAUCAGAAUGAUGCACGCGAUGAAGUCGCAACCAAACCAGUUUACAACUAUUUCCGUUCAACUAGUUUUGACCUGGGUCAACGACUAGCGUCUCCUGAAGGAAGCAACGUACGACGAGGAGGUCUCGAAAACAUGCAGUUAUCGUAUUCUCCAGGAAAAAGGCUUAGCUUGUCACUUCCAUCGAACAUCCUCCGUGAUUACUCCGGUGGCAAUUUACUAUUGAAUCGACAACCAGGAGAAGAAAGUUUUUUGUCCCAAAUGAGUGGCCGAAAAUUUAGUAAAUCGCUUCCAGUAGGUGAUAUGGCUAAAUAUUCCGGUGGAAACUUGUUACUGAAAAGAAAGCGAAGUGAUAAACGAUUUAAUGAAGGAAAAAAAAGAAAUGUGAAUGCAUCUUACAUUAACAGUAACUCGAAUAUAACGAAGCCUAUAAUACCGAUUAUAACAAGCGAAGGCUCAGCAAAACCCCUUCCAUCGAGAGAUUUGCUAAAAGAUGUCAAUCAACAGGAAACAGGUUUAAGCUCAAGAAACCAGCUCAAUACGUUGCUGCUACCGGAAAUAUCUGAAUGUUCAGUUUUUCACCAUCAAACCAUGUCUGUGCCGGAGAACAAGACUAGAUCUCUGGACAAAACAGGCAUUUCUUCGAUUUUCUACGAAGAUUUAUCGUUCAAACGUCUUCAAAGCAGCACCCCGAAACGUCGUCCAAGCAGCACGUUGCAACGUAAGAUUGCGUAUUCGAACCAAGAAAAUGUAUCCGACAUUGAAAGUGACAGUGACCCGGAUUAUGUACCUCCAACUGAUACGGAUUCCGAAAAAGGUGAAGAUCAAGACUUGUCGGUAUCAGUAGUUAUACCGACUAAAGAUCAUAACGAUCUGAUUUUCGAAUCUGAUCAUGAAGAAAUAGAUGACGAAGAUAUCGACAACGAUGCUAUGGAGAUAGUAAUUGGAGACGCAAACUCGCUGACAGAUUUCACGCUCAACGAAUAUUUCGAAAAAUAUCGAAAUAAAUCUGUAAUAAGUGACGAAGAUCUAAAUGAUUAUGGAGAUAUGAAGUCGGAUAAAGACAAGGAAAACGAAGGUAACUAUUUUAACCUGUUUCACCAGUAGCCCGAAUGAUAAAUAUCUUCUAUUAUCAGCAGCUUUGAAAUAUAAAUAAUGUAUUUUUAGUAUGUGUAUGAGUAGGUGUUUUUAGCAAGUUUGUUCAUCUUGUCAAAAUCUUCAACUUUGCCGAAGAUACCAUGGAGCUAUUUCCUUGA